AUGGAGGUGACGGGCGGGCGGUACCGCGGGGGCCGUGUCCGCGGCAGGAUGGAGGGAGAGGGCUCCUACACGCUGCCGACGGGCACCGAGUACCGGGGUUCGCUGAGGGACGGGGUGUUUGACGGCGAGGGGGAGCUGCUGUUCCCCGGCGGCGGCAGAUACCGGGCGCUCUGGCGGCGCGGGGUGCCCACGCAGGGGAAAUACACUUUUGCAGAUGGUCUUGAAUACGAAGAUAAAAAAUGGCAUUACUGUGACGGCUACGACAGAAGAUUUUAUACAGAAAUCUGUUCUGGUCUUAAACCAGCAGGCAUUUCUCAGCUCACAAACCUGGAUCCUCCCAGAACAAUCCCAAAAGGAUGGUAUGACUGUGGUGAUGGAUUCUAUGAUCCUGAAACCAGAGUUGUCGUUGACUACAACCUCGUGUUUCUGAGGAAUGCAGAUGAGGAGGAGCACGAAUGGAUCGUUGGGACCUGCCGGAAAGCCUGGGAUGGAACAAGUGAACACAAACCCAACCCAUGCAAACAGGCUUUGCUGGAGGAGAAUAUUCCAAAGCAGCCUUGACUGUCCACUCACUCAGAGAAACCUCUUCAACCAUUGUAGCCAAGACAUGCAGAACUGCAACAUGCUACAACAAAAUGAUCGGCAGAUGGAAUCAAACUGAUGUGGCUAUAGUCGGCAUCCUAGAGAUGGGUGGUAGUGCAGGAUUGGUUCCCACUCCCCUGUCCCAACUAGUGAGUUGUGUAAAGCACCUUUAGCUCGGGCACGGGGGUUACCCAGCAGCGGCCCAAAGAACAGGCACCGGCAAGAAAACUCUAAACCACGUGCAGAGCCUGGCCACGUUUAGUCACCGUUAAACUCGAGUGAAAAGCCUUUCCUGGGCCAUCUUCACUGGGUUUUGUCUGCAAAAGGUUUUGCAAAGAGCAACUGGAAAAGUUUAGUCCUUGGAGUCUGCUGCACCAGAACCCAUCUGGCAAUGGCAGAAUCUGCUCAGAACGUGAGAAUGACUUUCUUCCUUUCUUUUUAAUCUACAGACAGGAGAUGAAUGCAAAUGACCUGAGAUAAGGUUUGGUUCAGUGGCAACAGUCAGUGUGAAAGAUGUUGAGAAACAAUGUAUUGAAUAAAUU